CUUCUUUCGUCAUUACUCCUUUUCCCUCAAAACUCCCUUUUCUACAUGUUUCUCUACACCCGUCUUCCUGUUUUACUAAUAUAUCAAGUAUCAGGUUGGAUCAGUUUAAUUAUCAAUAUAACUUGAAGAAGAAAAGUUCUCAACUUUACCAUUUGCAUCUAACCUUAACCUCAUUUUACCUGUUGCAUUAAACUUUGUAUUACUUCUGCUACAAAAGUUCUUAUUUUACAUUUUUGUUUCACAGUCAUCUCAAGCAAAAACAAUGUCUUCAGAGAGUAAAACUUUCGGAGCUGGUGUUGAUAAUACGGUUUAUCUUGGAUUCGCAAAUCUCCCUAACCAAGUUCAUCGUAAAUCUGUUAAGAAAGGAUUCGAGUUUACUUUGAUGGUUGUUGGUGACAGUGGUCUUGGUAAAAGUACUUUGAUAAACGCCCUUUUUUACAGUCAACUGUAUAAGGAUCGAAAAAUACCGGCUGUUCAAGAUCUCAAUGAAAGCACGGUAAAAAUCAAGCCAGUUUCUGUUGAUAUUGAAGAAAAGGGUGUAAAACUUAAAUUGACUGUGGUUGAUACGCCAGGUUUUGGGGAUGCUAUUGACAACACAACAUGCAUUCGCCCCAUUAUUAAUUACAUAGAUGAACAAUAUGGUAAAUUCCUUGAAUAUGAAAGUGGUCUGAACCGUAAACAUAUUGCUGAUAGUAGGAUUCAUUGCUGUUUCUAUUUCAUAUCCCCUGUUGGUUAUGGGCUCAAACCUUUAGAUAUUCAGGCAAUGAAAGCCUUACACACCAAGGUUAAUUUGAUACCCAUCAUUGGCAAAGCUGAUGCGUUGACAAGACAAGAAAUUACUGAUCUAAAAAAACGCAUAAUGAAAGAGAUUGAAGCCAACGGAAUAUCCAUUUACACAGUGCCGGAUUGUGAUUCAGAUGAAGACGAAGAUUAUAAAGAACAAAUCAAAUCGAUUAAGGAUGCAGUUCCGUUUGCCGUUUCAUCUUCCUGUGAUUUAGUAGAACUGAAAGGAAGAAAGGUCCAAGGACGUCAAUAUCCAUGGGGUAUUCUGGAGACAGAAAACCCAGAACACAGUGAUUUUGUAAAACUUAAGUCUUUACUCGUUACUCAUAUGCAAGAUCUGAGAGAAGUUACCCAUGAAGUACAUUAUGAAAAUUAUCGUGAAAUGCGGCUCACGCAGCGAUCAUCAAGUAUCGUAUCACAACAAAGCCUGGUCGAAUCUAUUUCAUCUGCAGAUGAUGCUGAUCGUAUGUUACGAGAAAAGGAGGAAGAACUCAUGAGAAUGAAGCAACAAAUUUUACAACUUCAAAGUGCCAUGAAGCAACCAUCCAAUGGAAUUAAUGGAUCUAAUGGAACAAAUGGAACAAAUGGUCUGGACAAUUAAAACAAAGUUGAUGAAUGAAAAAACAAAACACUAUCAUCUCUAAAGUCUCUCAACAGUAACAAGCUGUGAAAAACUCUUCCGAGAUCUCAUGCCGAAUCAAUUUUGAUUUUUAUGGAAAAAAAACCAAGUGACAAGUUUCGAAACUCAUUUUAAAGAAAUCUCUUAAACCUUUUUUAAUUUCAUAGGUAGAAAAGCUUGAGACUCAUAUUUUAAUUACCGCCAUAAUAGUUUAUUUUGUCUCAUAUGUUUUUUAUUUUCAACUCCGGAUGUUUGCCAAAAUAACCAUUUGAUAAUUAAAUGAAAUUUCCACUGACAUUAAAUACUUAUGGUUAUCCAUAAACAAUUGU